GACAGUGCGGCACCAUCUCGCACAGCUGAGCUAUCCUAUUAUUUAAUCGCACAACAUUUCGUUGAAUUUAACAAAAACUUCAAUAAAACAACACAGAACAAGAUGGCUAAGAGCCCGGAAACUGUUUCUUUAGACCAACUGGACAAGGAUCAAAUGAAAACCUUUUCAGAUUUCCUCAUGUCAUACAACAAACUAUCUGAAAUGUGCUUCACGGAUUGUGUGCGCGACUUUACCUCUCGUGAUGUUAAGGACACCGAGGAAAAGUGCUCGUUAAAUUGCAUGGAAAAGUAUCUGAAGAUGAAUCAACGUGUCUCGCAGCGCUUCCAGGAAUUCCAAAUGAUUGCCAACGAGAAUGCAUUGGCCAUGGCCCAAAAGACAGGCAAAAUCUAGGGCUAUAAGCUCAUCAACUUUGUAGUUUAGUUAGCAACAUCGAUACCGAUACCGAAAACCGAGCAAACAAUGCAUUUUUGUUGCAUUUGUAUUGUCUUUAACUAGUAAUUAAAUAAAUACCAAAAAAGCAAUGAUCAGGCUAGUUAUGGUUGUAACUUGACAAAGA